CUUAUUUACGAAUAUUUCCAUCUAUAAUUUUUGGAAAAUUCCCGAUAAUGACAAUACCUGCGGUACAGGCCAUUCAUUUCCGAUCAAUAAUACUAACCAUUUACAAGACAUAUUAGAGAACUAGAAAUGUCAUUUAAGAAAGGGGCGUUAUCUUUUACAUACGUAUACAUUUUUGACUGUUCAGCCGAAUAAGCAAUGUAGGAAGAUCAUAUUGUCUUUUUAAGUAAAUUAUUCCCUUCGGUUUCUCCAAGAGUAUUUGUAGUUGGGACAAUAAAUAGUACCCUCUGUCAAAAUGAUAGGGGGUUUAUUUGUAUACAAUCAUAAGGGGGAGGUGCUCAUCUCCAGAGUGUACAGAGAUGACAUUGGCAGAAAUGCAGUUGAUGCAUUUCGUGUUAAUGUCAUCCACGCGAGGCAACAAGUACGCUCCCCUGUUACCAAUAUAGCCAGAACAUCGUUCUUUCAUAUAAAACGUGCGAAUAUCUGGCUGGCUGCUGUUACCAAACAGAAUGUUAAUGCUGCUAUGGUCUUUGAGUUUUUGUUGAAGAUUAUCGAUGUUAUGCAGUCUUACUUCGGUAAGAUCUCAGAGGAAAAUAUCAAGAACAACUUCGUUUUAAUCUAUGAACUAUUAGAUGAAAUCUUAGACUUCGGGUAUCCACAAAAUUGUGAUACAGGAGUAUUAAAGACAUUUAUUACUCAGCAAGGGGUGAAAUCCGCAACAAAAGAAGAACAGGCUCAAAUAACAUCACAAGUAACGGGUCAGAUUGGAUGGAGAAGAGAGGGAAUUAAAUACAGACGCAAUGAAUUAUUCCUUGAUGUUCUUGAAAAUGUGAAUCUCUUAAUGAGCCCUCAGGGCCAAGUACUAAGUGCACACGUUGCCGGAAAGGUUGUAAUGAAAUCUUAUUUAUCUGGGAUGCCAGAAUGUAAGUUCGGAAUCAACGAUAAGAUUGUUAUGGAAGCUAAGGGUAUGAAAGGUGGAAGUGGCUUGGGAGGUGGGGGAGAUGAUCCCACUGGUGCUAGAUCUGGGAAACCUGUUGUUGUAAUCGACGAUUGCCAAUUUCAUCAAUGUGUCAAGCUUAGUAAAUUCGAAACAGAGCAUGCUAUCAGUUUCAUACCUCCUGAUGGAGAAUUCGAAUUAAUGAGAUAUCGUACGACCAAAGAUAUAUCAUUGCCAUUCCGCGUGAUUCCAUUGGUACGCGAAGUAGGGCGUACGAAGAUGGAAGUGAAAGCCGUAUUAAAAUCGAACUUCAAGCCUUCUUUAUUGGGACAAAAGAUCGAAGUAAGAGUACCAACGCCUCUGAACACCGCGGGGGUUCAAUUGAUUUGUUUGAAAGGGAAAGCGAAGUACAAAGCAUCGGAGAAUGCAAUUGUGUGGAAAAUAAAACGUAUGGCCGGUAUGAAAGAGACCCAACUAUCAGCGGAAAUUGAUUUGCUCGAAACCGAUACGAAGAAGAAAUGGACCCGACCACCUAUAUCGAUGAACUUCGAAGUACCGUUCGCACCAUCCGGAUUCAAAGUUCGUUACUUGAAAGUAUUUGAAUCUAAACUGAACUAUUCCGAUCACGAUGUUAUAAAAUGGGUGAGAUACAUCGGCCGAAGCGGCCUAUAUGAGACACGAUGUUAAUAAACAUCUCUUCGCAUUAAUUGUAAAUGAGUAAUCUCAAUGCAUAAACACAAUUUUAUCAGAAACUAUCUUAACAGCGCAUGUUUAAACAGUUUCCUGAAAUGCUCGGAUUAACUGGUAAAUGGCUAAGACACGAUACCAAGGAGAAAUUUAGUGCCAAUUUUUUCCAUAAUCUGAUUUCUGGUGCGUUACAUUUUAUUUUAUCAUAGUUUUUCAUAAAUUGCUCAAACUCUUUUUCAAUAAUGUUUUCUAUGAGAUUUUACCCUGGGUUUUUACUCAAAGUUUCCCGCGCGUGAAACUUAACAUUUGUAAUUUAUAAUUUCGUGCGUCAUUAGAUUUUAAUCUUGGAUACAUUACAUCAUGUAUUAUAGUAUGUAUUAUGUUGGUAAGAUCGUUUUUAUUUGUAUUCUACUUUGUAUACAAGAAUGUUACAACCUCUUUGGUAUCAUUAUGACAAGAAACUCCUAGACAAUUGCUAAAUGUGAAUGGAUUUUGAAAAUGCGCAAAUCAAGAUUAGAUUAUUGAAAAUAUUUGUUGUCAUUUACAAAGAUGAAUAGAGAAUGGCUUGAUUCAUUGUAAAGGAAUAAUUUUGUCUCUCUAUGUUAAAAUUCAUAUGCAUAAUAAAGUAUGUAUGUAAUUUAAAA